GUUAAGGCAAGUCUGGGAAGGUGGAGACUUCGGGAUAACUUCCCCAGUUAUUUUCACAUUAAAAAAAAUAGAUAGUUGUACCUCGGGUACGCCUGUGAGGCUCAAGUUAAGGCGACGACGAAUGGCUCCAUGUUGUGAUUAAUAAGUUAGUAACGGAAAUCACUCCUUUACAAAUCACACAGGAGCGCACAAGUAGCUAGCUAGCUAGCUUGGAAGCUCUAUUGGACAUAGCUAGCUAGCUGGCUGGCUAGCUAAUAGGCAUCAGAAAGCAAGAAGGUCCUGCAGUGAAGGACAGUAUGGUGGAAGUGGUCGUGGAGUAUGAAUACGAAGGGCUCCACGAUGACGAGCUCACCCUGCGGCUGGGAGACGUGAUCAGGAACGUCAGGCGGAUCGAGGAGGAGGGAUGGAUGGAGGGAGACCUCAACGGCAAGAGAGGCCUCUUCCCCGACAACUUUGUAAAGGAGAUAAAGAAGGACACCAAAGAGGAGGCGAAGAGCGAGGGCCAGCCGGUGCGGCGGGAGAGGACGGGCGGGAACGUGGCCAGCCUGGUGCAGCGGAUGAGCACGUACGGCCUCCCCGUGGGAGGCUUCCAGCCCCCCUCGCAGCCCCGCUCCUUCAAAAAGAAGCUGAAGAAGAGGCAGUGCCGGGUACUCUUCGAGUACGUCCCGCAGAACGAGGACGAACUGGAGCUGAAGGCGGGGGACAUCAUUGACAUCAACGAGGAGGUGGAGGAGGGCUGGUGGAACGGAUCCAUGAACGGGAAGUCCGGGCUCUUCCCGUCCAACUUCGUCAAAGAGCUGGACGCCAGCGAGGAUGACGAGUCCCCAGACGCGCCGGACGACACGGAGGCCGGCGGUAAGGACGGGUCGGCGGCGGUUAGCACGCCCACCUCCCCGGGCACCGGCAAUGGAGUCAUCGCACAGCCCAAAAAGGUCCGGGGCGUGGGAUUCGGCGAUAUUUUCAGCCAAGGCUCCGUCAAGCUAAAGGUUCGGCUACCCAGCACCGAGGGAGAGGAGAAAAAGGCUGACAAACCAAUUCCAUCACUGCCAUCCUCUGCAAAGCCCGCCCAUUCCACCAUGCCAGACUCAGAUAAAGUAGAGGGAGAGAGCAAUGCUAAAGUGAAAGAAUACUGCAAGGCCACCUUCGCCUUCGAGUCAUCGAAUGAAGACGAACUGUCUCUGAAAGAGGGGGACAUCAUAUCCAUAUUGACCAAGGAGUCGGGAGAACCAGGUUGGUGGAGGGGAGAGGUCAAUGGAAAAGAAGGCGUCUUUCCUGACAACUUUGUGACUUUGAUAUCCGAGAUGGAAAAAGAGGCACUAACAUCAAGAGGCUCGUUUAAAUCCUCUUCAAAGCUGGACUCUGAAGAGAAACCCAAAAAGCCACCGCCUCCAUCGAAGAGCUUAGGGCCCAAGCCGGAGGUCCCGAGCGCGGACAAGAAGCCCCGACCGGAGGACAGAGGUGACAAGCCACCGGUGGACCACAAACACAAGCCCGCAGCCCCCAUCGUCCCACACAAAAAGCCUGUUCCCCUCCCAGGCAAGGGGAGCAUCCUGCACAGGCCCGGGGUGGCCCUCCCGAAAAGGCCGGACAAGCCGCUAACGCCGUCCUCAGGACCCAGCAGGUCCAAUGGAGAGGUGGUCGCCACUCGACCAAAGUCAGAGUUCGAGCCAACGGUACCCAGCAAACCAAAAACGCUGUCUGGUGACUGGGGAGACAAAGUCGGUGACACAGAUCUCAUGAGCUUCGACGAGCUCUCCUCUACCUCAGAAAAGCUGUCUCACCUCACCACCAGCAGACCAAAGAUGCCCGGGAGGAGGCUGCCAGGCCACUCUCCCAAGAAGGAGACCAGUGUUGAGAGAAACCAGCGGGUGGAGGAAGACGACGUUCCCAAGCCAAAGCUGACAGACCUGAAGAAGCCAUCCGCGUCGUUCAUCUCCUCCGCCCCCGCGACCAAACCGAGUGUGCCCAGCCCCGCCGCCACCCCGCCCAAGCCCAAAGCCGAGGAAGACGAGGACCAGGCCUCCGAGCUCCAGGAACUCAGGUCUCAGAUGAACGAGCUACUCCUCUCUGUGGAGCUACUGAAGACACAACAAAUGAGAGAAAUCAGUGACCUGAGAAGCGAGCUGGAUGAAGAGAGAUCAAAAAGACUUGCCUUGCAGAUGGAGAUAGAGAAAAUAAAGAAGGCUGUCCUGGCCACAUGAAGUCCGACCUGGAGGACGGCUGCGUCGUCCAGUCCCCCCCCCGAACUUCGCCGAAAAACAGGAUGAAAAUCUCACUUGUGUAAUUCUUUUAGUAAUAAUCGACCUAUUCCACGUUUUUGUUAGAUUUCAAUUUCUUUUUUGCACAUAAUGAGGUUUUCUAGCUAUAGAAAGGUGUAAUUAAAUACAGAUGUAUAUGUUCUUUUUUUUUUGUUUUGUUUUUCUUUUGGAGUUUUUUUUUUUUUUGCCAACAUAAGUAAUUGAGGCCUUCUGUACUACUGUACUGGACCUGCGGUCUACAUUCUCUGAAGAAUGUUCCAGGCUUGCUUUCGAUACUACUGAAUCGGUAUAAAGGGAUUGGGGAAUCUUUCUUUUUAUGACAUGCAGGUAGUUCCUUAAAAAAUUGCAUUUAUGGUAUAACUGCACAGUUAGAACUGUCCUUAUUAGCCUCUUCAAACAAUAUUGAUUAGAUAACCCACGCUUUGCUGUCGCGGUGACGUAUUCGACCGCUAUGUCAAACGGGGGAAAUGCUUUAGUUUUCUAACAUUCCUAUCCUGGGUAACACUAUUGUGCCUGUUUAAGUUCAACAAAUGUUCAUAUUUGGAGCUUGUAUAUCAAAAAAACUAAAAAAACAUAGUUACAGCAUGGUAUAUUUUUUACGGUCUUCUGUUGUGCUUAUUAUUAGGAAAACAAUCUUUUGUUUCUUGUUUUGUUUUUAUUACAGUCAGAAAACGGAUCUGAAUUGGUAUCAGUGUAUAUUAUCUAGGGCGUAUAUAUUCAGUUGUAAUACAAUAUAGCAAAAAAAAACAGCCCUACUUGAAAUGAAGGGUUUAUGAAAUAAACCUGUAUGUUCUGAGGCCCGUGGGAGAAGGCAUGGCUUCCUGGAAGAGUGGGUUCAACGUGCACGGUUCCGGAGUGUUGGCUGCCAAACGUUCCACACCAGUUGUUUCCGAAACGUAACGCGACGUGACCUGGUCGCCUUCUGAAAGGUCGUCUUUCGGCGAGGUCCUGAGAGGUCCGGCCCCGGCCACGCCCUCCUGGCUGCGGGUCAGUGCCUCUCAGUCAGGGAAACGGUCUUAAUAUUUGGAAAAAGUGCAACUUUAUUUUUUUAAAGUACUAUAUAUAACUAGGAAACUGUACUGUUUUUGCCUUGCGUUGACAUCAGAUGGAGCUUCUGGGCUGUGGUUCACAUCGAUUUCGAGAUUUCGAUUUCAGUUCGGGAUACGAGUUGAAACUGCUGAUGUUCUGUGGGUAUUUGUAAACGAGCGAAUUGAACUUCAGUUCUGACUGGGUUGAAAUAAAACGGAUUCCCGGCCCUGCAAACCACGACGGGAUGGUCAUAAUCGAGGCCUAUAUGGUUUUAGCGGAGAGUACUAUAUAAGUGAUGUACUGUAAAUUAUGAACAACCGUUAUAUCUGUUGAGAUACUGUAACUGCGUGAAAUGUCUUUGACGACGCGAGAGGGUAUGGAGAGUUCUGGAACACGCUGUCUGAUGAGUUGGCCUUAAGAGUGGGGUGAAACACAAGGGAACGUACUUGAAAUGGAGUUUAGCAGAUGGCAUAUUUUUAUAUAUAGUUGGUCUUGCUGGAGAGAAUAUAUGGCCCCUCUAAUACCUGUAGCCCCUAUUCAAUCUCGGCGAUAGAUCUGAACAUACAGCCCAACCUCGCCACUUUGUCCUAAAUCUUGUCUGAUGAAUUUAAGUAUUACAUUUUUGAAGUUCUUAAACUAUUCGGCCAUUUGAGUUGAAAACAAAUUUGUCAUGUUAUCUAUAGUAUAAGCCUAGAAUAAGUUAUAUUUGUGUUCCAAAUUCAGGACAGAGCAGCAUAUUGGUUAUGUUCGGUCUGAGCCGUCUCAUUACAAAAAAUAAAAGUUUUUUUUACAGGCAACACCCCCCCCCCCCCACCAAUUAUUGUGCUGAGAGACGGCCUGUGAUGCAUCAUGGUUAAGGUAUAUAGUGAUUCUACAGCCCACUCCAAACAUCUCAUACAUUUAAUGCGUUGACUCGUUUAUAUUUGUACAAUAUAUGUUCAUUUUCCACAAAUGUAACGCGCUUCUAGGAAGUUGAAUAUUGUUCACACGGGUACACAAGGAAGUGUACAUUGAUCAGGAGCUGUGUGUCUAAUCCACAGGAGAUGUAAGGCACUCCUGAGGGACCAAGUGUAUUGGGGUGGGGGGGGUGGAUGCCAAGAUUGAGAGUGCAACCUUAAUCUUCGGGGAGAAUGAAUGCAAUAAACCCAAAGCAAUAAACUCAUUUACUGUCUCAAUUUAGACCGCAUAUUUCCCUGUCCACAUAAUUGGCAAGUUUGCUGCAGUGUUCAGUUGUUCUGUAUGGAUGUACAUUCAGCAUGGUGUAUAUGGAAAGUGGGGUGGGUGGGAUAUUAUUUUUGGGGAGCUGUGUAUUGGGGGACCUUUGGUUGAACACAUUCCAUUUUAUAAAAACAAGUUAGGAACUCUACAGUAUGCAUAUUUAACAUCUCUUCCCAAUGAUCUUGUUUACAUGUGCUGUAAAAUUGCAUGAACUGAGAUUUUUUUUUUUUUUUUCAAAAAUGAAUAAAUAUCUGCUUUAUUUACA